AUGGGGAAGAAGAUUGGUGGGAGGCAUGAGGCUGGUGGAUUGUAUUACCUUGACGGAGGCGGAUCGUCAGUUGCACUUCAGACUUCACUCACUCCUCUACAGUGGCAUUGUCGACUGGGACAUCCWUCUCUCAAGGCACUCAAGAUACUAGUUUCGUCUUUGAGUCAUUUGUUGUCUUUACAGUGUGAAUCGUGUCAAUAUAGAAAACAUCAUCAGGUUCCCUUCAGUCCUAGAGUUGAUAGUCGACCUGAAGUAUCGGUGUCUUCACCUUUGCUUCCUCUUCCUCUUCCAGUCCGUGAUCCCGUUCCAGUUGUUCCAAUUGGGGUUGACCCUUCACCUCCUCCAGUGCAGAUCCCUACUGAACGACCACCGAUCUGGCAYGUGUAUACUCAUCGACAGACACUGGCUCCUCCUCCAGCUUCUACCUUGUUUGCGGAUCCUAUUGUUGCUCCUGUCCCAGAACUUUCAGGACUUGAUCUUCCCAUUGUUUUACGGAAAGAGGCUCUUAGCUCACCUGGGUGGCGGAAAACAAUGGAGGAGGAACUCUCUGCCAUUCAGCAUACUCAAACGUGGGAGCUCUCUACUCUUCCUCCCAAUAAGCAUGUUGUGGAUUGUAAAUGGGUGUAUACUGUUAAAUACUUGCUGGAUGGUAAUGUGAAGAGUCUAAAGGCUAGACUUGUUGCUAAAGGUUAUUCAUAG